GCCAAGAGAGAGUGCCCUUGGUGAUAGCGGGUGCGCAAGAGCCGAAGACUGAACCAACUUGGUUUCACUGCUAUAUAGCUUUGUUAUAGGAGAUAGCCCGUCUUCAAGAGAGUCUGGAGUAACUAUAGUUGGGGAAGUUUUAAGAAGAUGAGUAUAUGGAACUACGUGGUCACGGCUCACAAGCCUACGGCCGUCUUUCACUCAUGCGUCGGCAAUUUUACCAGUCCCCAAGACCUCAAUCUCAUUAUUGCGAAAUGUACCCGGAUUGAGAUUCAUUUGCUUACUCCUCAGGGCUUGCAGCCUAUGUUGGAUGUUCCAAUCUAUGGAAGAAUUGCAACAGUUGAACUUUUCCGCCCUCAUGGUGAAGCACAAGAUUUUCUAUUUAUUGCAACAGAGAGGUACAAAUUCUGUGUUCUCCAAUGGGAUCCUGAGAUUUCUGAGCUCAUCACUAGAGCAAUGGGUGAUGUUUCAGAUCGUAUAGGACGUGCUUCUGAUAAUGGUCAGAUUGGCAUUAUCGAUCCUGAUUGCAGACUGAUUGGGCUUCACUUGUAUGAUGGAUUGUUUAAAGUUAUCCCUUUUGACAGUAGAGGACAGCUCAAGGAAGCAUUCAAUAUUCGCCUUGAGGAGCUCCAAGUUUUGGAUAUCAAAUUUCUGUAUGGCUGUCCAAAACCAACGAUUGUGGUUCUUUAUCAGGAUAACAAAGAUGCACGUCAUGUGAAAACAUAUGAGGUUGCUCUGAAGGAUAAAGAUUUUGUUGAGGGUCCAUGGUCCCAAAACAACCUUGAUAAUGGGGCUGAAAUAUUAAUACCAGUUCCUCCACCUCUUUGUGGUGUCCUUAUUAUUGGAGAAGAAACCAUAGUAUACUGCAGUGCAAAUGCUUUCAAAGCUAUCCCAAUCAAACAAUCAAAUACCAGAGCCUAUGGAAGAAUUGAUCCUGAUGGUUCCAGAUAUUUACUUGGUGAUGUUACUGGUUUGCUUAGCCUACUUGUAAUUACGCAUGAGAGAGAGAAGGUUACUGGUCUCAAAAUUGAGACACUGGGUGAAACUUCCAUUCCCUCUACUAUAUCAUAUCUUGACAAUGCAUUUGUAUAUAUUGGGUCAAGUGUUGGAGAUUCACAGCUGAUAAAGCUAAAUCUACAGCCAGAUGCAAGAGGUUCUUAUGUGGAAGUUUUGGAAAGGUACGUCAAUUUGGGGCCAAUUGUUGACCUGUGUGUGGUGGACCUGGAAAGGCAAGGCCAAGGGCAGGUUGUAACCUGCUCUGGAGCUUUCAAGGAUGGUUCUCUUCGUAUUGUUCGGAAUGGAAUAGGGAUUAAUGAACAGGCAUCUGUAGAACUUCAAGGUAUCAAGGGAAUGUGGUCGUUAAGAUCUUCAACUGAUGAUCCUUUUGACACCUUCCUGGUUGUAAGUUUUAUCAGUGAGACACGAAUUCUAGCUAUGAAUCUUGAAGAUGAGCUGGAAGAAACUGAAAUAGAAGGCUUCUGUUCUCAAGUGCAAACAUUAUUUUGUCAUGAUGCUAUUCACAACCAACUUGUUCAGGUCACCUCAAGCACUGUAAGGCUUGUUAGUUCCACGACUAGAGAGCUUCGGCAUGAAUGGCAUGCUCCAUCAGGCUAUUCAGUUAAUGUGGCCACUGCAAAUGCCACCCAGGUUUUGUUGGCCACAGGAGGUGGGCAUUUAGUAUAUCUGGAAAUUGGAGAUGGCAUUUUGACAGAAGUAAAGCAUGCCCAGCUGAAUAAUGAGAUAUCAUGCCUCGACAUAAAUCCCAUUGGGGAGAACCCCAAUUACAGUCAUCUAGCAGUAGUUGGAAUGUGGACUGACAUAAGUGUCAGAAUCUUCUCUCUCCCAGACCUGAACCUCAUAACUCAAGAGCAUUUAGGAGGAGAGAUAAUACCUCGAUCUGUGCUUCUGUGCACCUUUGAAGGGAUAUCUUAUUUGCUAUGUGCCCUUGGUGAUGGCCAUCUUAUAAACUUUCUGUUGAAUACAAGUACUGGUGAGUUAGCAGAUAGGAAAAAGGUGUCUCUUGGGACACAGCCCAUUACCUUGCGAACUUUUUCUUCCAAGAAUGCUACUCAUGUUUUUGCUGCAUCUGAUCGGCCAACUGUGAUUUAUAGCAGUAACAAAAAGUUACUUUAUAGUAAUGUAAAUCUGAAAGAAGUUAGUCAUAUGUGCCCUUUCAACUCUGCUGCAUUUCCAGACAGUCUUGCAAUUGCAAAAGAGGGUGAACUCACUAUUGGCACCAUUGAUGACAUUCAGAAGCUUCAUAUUCGCUCUAUCCCAUUGGGAGAGCAGGCACGGCGCAUUUGCCAUCAAGAGCAGUCCAAGACUUUUGGUAUUGUUUGUUUAAAGUACAACCAAACAAAUACUGAAGAAUCUGAAGUUCACUUUGUGCGCUUGCUGGAUGACCAGACUUUUGAAUGUAUAUCAACUUGCCAACUUGACGCCUUUGAACAUGCUUGCUCUAUAAUCAGCUGCUCCUUCUCAGAUGAUAAUAAUGUAUAUUACUGUGUUGGAACUGCAUAUGUAUUGCCGGAGGAAAGUGAACCAACAAAAGGAAGAAUUCUAGUUUUUGUAGUCGAAGAUGGAAAGCUACAACUUAUCGCUGAGAAGGAAACAAAAGGAGCUGUUUACUCUUUGAAUGCAUUUAAUGGUAAAUUGCUCGCUGCUAUUAAUCAAAAAAUUCAGCUGUACAAAUGGAUGCUCCGGGAUGAUAAUACCCAUGAGUUGCAGUCUGAAUGUGGACAUCAUGGACACAUCCUAGCACUUUAUGUGCAAACUAGGGGAGAUUUCAUUAUAGUCGGUGAUUUGAUGAAGUCAAUCUCAUUACUAAUUUACAAGCAUGAAGAAGGCGCUAUUGAGGAGAGAGCUCGUGACUACAAUGCAAAUUGGAUGUCAGCUGUUGAAAUCCUUGAUGAUGAUAUAUACCUUGGAGCAGAAAAUAAUUACAACCUAUUCACUGUUCGGAAAAAUAGUGAAGGGGCCACUGAUGAAGAACGAGGCCGACUUGAAGUUGUUGGUGAGUAUCAUGUUGGGGAGUUUGUGAAUCGGUUCCGGCAUGGUUCGCUUGUUAUGCGCUUGCCAGAUUCUGAGGUGGGCCAGAUUCCAACUGUUAUUUUUGGCACUAUCAAUGGCGUGAUUGGUGUGAUUGCUUCACUUCCUCAUGAGCAGUACGUCUUCCUGGAGAAGCUUCAAUCAAACUUACGAAAGGUGAUUAAAGGCGUUGGAGGACUGAGUCAUGAGCAAUGGAGAUCGUUCAACAGUGAGAAAAGGCAAGUAGAUGCCAGGAACUUCCUUGAUGGAGAUUUAAUUGAAUCUUUUCUUGAUCUCAACCGCAGCAAGAUGGAUGAGAUUUCGAAGGCAAUGAGUGUUUCGGUAGAAGAGUUGUGCAAGAGAGUAGAAGAGCUUACAAGGUUGCACUGAAAUUAGCCUUGGAUUUGUAAUUUUUCUGAGUUAUUUUUCUGUGGUGUAGCAUGCAUUUAAUUUCUUCUUUCUUUACUGGGUAAAAUAACAUGGUCUUGUCCUUUCUUUUCCCCCUUUACCUGUAGUUUUUUGGUACUAUUUGGCUUGCUUUAUAUGGAUCCAAAAUGGUGUAUAGAAUGUAUUUUAUUGUAUUCAUCGCUUGAUUCUUGGACA